GUACGCCUUCGGGUGCUUAGCUAGAUCGUUCCUCCCCAUCAUAGCAAUGGAAUGGAAGUCCAACCAAUCUGUUUCCUGCCUCUUUUGACGUGAUAUGUGAUAUGGAUGCAGUAUCUCGAUCGGCAACCAGUGGUUCGUUUGUGUUGGUAAGGUCCUUCACGCAGCCCGGAAUAUCGAUGUUCAUUGUUGUGGGAAUGCCGACGUUCGUUGUUGUGCUCAGAACUGCAUGCUUCCGCGAACAGUAUAACGCAGGUUACGUGAACAUCCCACCCACGAUUGUGGAACGAUUUGCUGAUGAAAACCCAAUCUCGUAUCGGCCGCAUCUCACACUUUUUGUGCGCUCGUCCCAAUAUUCGGCCGGGUGGUCGCACUUUUCGCUCGUCUCGCGCUUGUCUCCGCACCUGUGCUGGGUGGCUCACUUGAUGCUUGUCUCGCGCUUGUCUCACAAUUUUUUUGGUAGGCGGUCUUACUACGCACUCAUUUCGUCAGUUUGCUCUAUGUUCUUACUCUGCACUCAUCUGAUUGAUUUAGCAACGCGUUUUCACUUCACGCCACUCUCUCAACAAGCCAUGUCGGGCAGCGAUACCUAACAUCCUAGUCCACAUAGAGUGAUAGGGAUAUCUCGAAUUCAUUCCUGCUUCGAUUCUGCGCUAUGAGUGUCAUCGAGCUGAUGGGAGUCCUGUCCACUAGUGCUGAUUGAGCAACACAAUGAAGGGGGUGGCAGUGUAAAAUGUGGCGCAGGUCGUUCAAGGGAGUCGAUGAUGUCGGACUGAAGUGACGGGACCUCAGCCGGGCGAGAAUGAUGCAGCAAUGAGGUAUGUGGCGUAGUAGGGGAUUAGGGGGGGG